AUGCAUUCCAAAAAGUCGGCUUCUUUUGUCUUGAUCGCAUUGGGCCUUAUUCUUGUUGGACUUAUUCUCUCGGCAUCUGCAGGUCCUGUGCUUAGAAGAAAUCCUUCUGCAAUCCAUCCGUCAAAACGUUUUUAUCGUGGUGGUUAUUAUCAUAACCCAUAUUAUUAUAAUUCUUACCGACCUUCUUAUUACCACGAUCAUCGCAACGAAUACGAUGACA